AAAGAAAAAUAAAUGCUCGUUAUAGACUAUAGUCCUCUUGCGUUCCCCAACCCUAAAGAGAAUUAAAUGCAGCAGCUGGAAUACUCACCCACCCAUCCUUCCCAAAAAAAAAUCUCACCCCUAAUUCCCCUCUUUUUUUCACCCUCACAAAUGGCUAAUAAAUCUCUUCUUCCUCUUCCUUUCCUCUCCCAAUGUCCACCUCCACUUACACCAGCAUCACUCCCCCAACUACCACAAACUACCUCACCAACCUCGGCCUCGGCUACGCCAUCGCCAUCGCUCUCGGCUUCCUCGUACUACUCUCUGCUCUCCUCCUCUCCUCCUACCUCUGCUGCCGUGUCUCUCGCUCUCGCCGCUCUCAAAACCACCACAACAAUAGCAACAACAACAACAACACCAACAACAUCAACGAAGAAGGUAUUAUUGUCCCUCGCAUAAUCUUUGUCGCCGAGGAUGAAGACGAAGACCAACGCGACGAUGAAAACGCCGUCGUUGGGCUCGACCAGAAUGUAAUUAAUUCGUACCCCAAGUUUCAGUACACUAGGAGUGUUGGCGGUAAUAGUAAUAACACGACGUGUUCGAUCUGUUUGUGCGAGUACAAGGAAGCCGAGAUGCUGAGGAUGAUGCCUGAGUGUCGCCACUACUUUCACUUGCUGUGCAUCGAUGCUUGGUUGAAGCUAAAUGGGUCGUGCCCGGUUUGUCGAAACUCGCCGCUGCCAACGCCGCUGUCGACGCCGCUUUCUGAAGUCGUGCCGCUGUCGCAGUACGCCGCGGAUCGGAGGCGGAGGAGGUGAUGGAUUUUAGGUUGCUUUCAUUUGGGUGUUGGGUGGAUUGGGGUUUUGUUUUGUUUUGUUUUGUUUUGUGUGUUAUUGGACUUUGGAUGGUUGUUUGUGGGGGGUAAAUGUAUAUUUUUUGGGUAGGUAGGAGUAUUGGGUUUUGAUCAAAAUUUCUGUUUCUUUUUUUUUUUUUUAAUUUAUUUAUUAAAUUGUUAUGGUUUUCGGUUAAAUUAGAGAGGGAAAUGGAAAAUUCAUAAACUCGUGACUAUCUUUAAUCUAAUGGAACAGUUGGGGUGUUAGUGCUUCGCAUGGGUGUUUGAGUUCUGGAAUUUAACCAAAUUGCUUGGGUUGUAAACUUACAAGACAUGUUUGAUUCAGUAUUAGUGAUUGUCUGUGACAAUUGCGGAGUAUGGAGUUCCUGUUUGAUUUUGAAUUAGUGAGAAUUGCGACAAAUUGUUUGUUACAUUA